UCCACACAAACACAGGAUCCCAGCUCGGCUUUUUUUCCCCCCUAGAUUGUGUGUAAAUAUGUAAACUCUACCUCUUCGUUUCUCAUAAAGAAAUGUGAGGUCUCAGCGUUUUUACUAUGAUUGAGCCAGCUUGUCUGCAGACACCAGUUUCUUCCUGCUUCACGAGCAAAACAAGCUGGUAGGAGAUGAAUCAGAGGAGGCUAACUCUAGACACUACUGACCUUUUUGUUUAUUUAGAAAGACACUGAAAAUACUUCUCAUAGCAGCCGGCACAUUUAUCAGGCACUGCAGCUUCACCAGCUUUUCCUGCAAGCAUCUGCAAAUAGAAACACUUCACAGAAUGAGCACCGAGAUCAACAGAUGAACACCAAGCUGCAUGUAUUUCAUCGGACAUCAAGAGUAAAACUGUCAGCCGUUGGAAAAUAAAGCUUUCACUGGGCUUGAUGUCUGCUUUCAGAAGCAUGAGAUCUUCUGCAGAAUUACAUCCGUCAAUGUCUGCGGAUUCUCGUGACCAGAUUGUCUCACAACAAGAGAAGGAGUCCAACCAUGAGGAACCAGAAACAGUUUGGCCAAAUGAGACACAGGAGAAACCAAAGUCUGUUCAGAUUAAAGAGGAAGACAAGGAACUGUACAUUCAUCCAGAUGACCGGCAGCUAGAAAUGAAGCAAGAGAUUGAGACCUCUGUGGAAAAUUCUUCAGACGAGGAAACGGACGACAGCGAUCAAAGUGGGAAUGAGCUCCUCUGUCAGAGUCCGGUUAAGGCUGAGAACCAGGAUCCGGAAAUCUGCGGUAAAAGUUUGGUGCACCGCUGUGACAUCUGCGGGAAAGAGUUCAGGAAAAAAAAUCAUUUGACCGAUCAUAAGAGAACUCACACAGGUGAGAAACCCUUCCUGUGUGGGGUCUGCGGCAAACGCUUCGGCCGAAAAUACGGACUGAACAGCCACAUGAGAACUCACACGGGAGAGAAGUCGUAUUCCUGCGACGCCUGCGGUAAAGCCUUCAGCGACAAUGGUCAGCUCAACACUCACGUGAGAACUCACACAGGUGAAAGGCCGUACUCGUGCGAAUUCUGCAGUAAAAGUUUCAGUCAGAACGGCCAUCUGAAGGAUCACAUGAGAAUCCACAUCGGAAAGAAGCCGUUCCGGUGCAGGCUCUGCGGCAAAACCUUCAUGAGAAAAAACUGUCUGAAGUGUCACAUGGUAACGCACACUGGCGAGAAACCCCACAGAUGCGAGCUGUGUGGCAAAUCGUACGGGGUUCGCGCCAAUUUGACGGCUCACAUGAAGACGCACACGGGCAACAGGCCUUUCACGUGUCUAACCUGCAAGAGAAAUUUCAUUACAAAGUCUGCCUUGAAUUGCCACAUGAGCACCCACUCGGGUGAGAAGCCCUUUUCAUGUCCGACCUGCGGGAAGAGUUUCAGAGAGAAAACCUUCAUGACGGUCCACAUGAAAACGCACACAGAGGAGAAGCCUUUCUUGUGUCCCAUGUGUGGGAAAAGAUUCAGUCAAAGAAGGUAUUUGACCAAACACAAGCGGGGUCACACAGACGACAAGCCGUACACCUGCGAAGUUUGCGCCAAAGGCUUUUGCCAGAGCUGUGAUUUGAGGUCUCACAUGAGAACUCACACCGGGGAGAAGCCUUUUCCAUGCCUCACCUGCGGAAAACGUUUUGGUAAAAAGAGUAAUUUAAAUAUCCACAUGAGAACCCACACAGGUGAGAGGCCCUUCCCGUGUCUGACAUGUGGAAAAUGUUUUCGAGAAAGAACGUCUUUGAACAGACACAUGGAAACUCAACACCCCUGAGAAAGAGGUAGUUUGACUCCCUUGUGUCUGUUGAGUCUAGCUUGAUAUUAUUACAUUUCAAACCAGGUUUAAAAAGCUUUUUGUUGGUUGACAAACUCUGACUAAAGUGUCCCCAAAUAUGACUGUCACAAGAUAUGACUUCACCUUAGUCAAAAAAUAUCAUCAAAAUGUUAUUGGGUUUUUUUUUUUUGUUCAGUAAUUUAAUUUAAAAAGGAACUGUAUUAAUUACAUAGAUUAACUCAGACAGAUUGAUCUAUUUCAAGAGUUUUUAUUGUGUUUUUGAUUAUCAUGGCUGACAGGUAAUACAAACCCAAGUUACCUCAGAAUUAGAAUAUUACGUAAGACCAAUAAAAAAGAUCUUGGAGACAAAUCUUGGUUUGCUAAACUGCAUAGUGUAAAUAUUUGAUUGUGGCUCCUUUAGCAUGGAUUAUUGUCUGUCAUGUUGUGUGGUAUGGAGGCAAUGAUCUUGCGGUUCUGUUGAGGUGUAAAUGAAGCCCAAGUUGCUUUAAAAGCUGCUCUCAGUUCAGUAGAUGCCCAUUACUUUCCUCCUGAAAAUAUUCUCUAUGGCCUUUAGAUCGGGCCUGUUCUCGCUAAUCAAGCUUGUAUUGGCGGUGAAGGCAUGUUACCAAGUCCUGAAAAAUUAAAUCAGCAUCUUCGUGAAGCUAGUCUGCUCCCUUUGCUCCUUUUUUUUUCUACUUAACUUAAUUCCUGGAUACAUCAUUAUGUGACUAGCCAGCUUCUGUAGCAUUUAUCUUUUGUUUCGUAACCCAUACUGUGAAGGCCUGCUGGAAAUUUGUAAAGUAAGAAGUCUUUCCCUUUAUUGUUUACGUCAUAAAAAUGUUUAAAAACUGCUUUUUCAAUCGGUUUAUGUAAUAUGCUAAUGUAAGCCACAAGUGCAUCGAAGAAUCACAGAAAAGAAAGCUUGAAAUAUAUUAAUCUGAGUUUAAUGUAUCAAGUUUUACUCUUUGAGUUCUUUUACUGAAAUAAAGUUCUUGAUAAUGUUCAAAUUUGUUUCAAAAUGUGUUGUAUUAUUUGUUCUCUGCAUGCUCUUGCAAUAUUAUGUUUUGCUUUCAAAAAAAGGAGCAGCAUAUUUUGCAAAUACUUUGG